CGAGGAUUACUAUGAUCUGUAGAGACACCAUCACAUAAUUAGUCACAGUACGAGCCUGAGGAUUCAUACUACACACUGUCAGGACUCUACAACUGGAAUGGUCAACCUACUGUCUAUGGUGUGGAGGAAGAUCCUACGAAAGCGAUGGGUUCUGGGGGUUGUUUUUGGACUUUCUCUGAUAUAUUUUCUCACCAGUACGUUCAAGCAGGAAGAAAGAACAGUGAGAGAUAGAACACUUCUUGAGACACGAGAUGAAGAACAAAACAUUCGUUGGAAGAUUCAGUUCAACCUGGGAAACAGCAGCCGGAUCAGAGAUCAGUGUCGCAACUCUGUUCAAGGAAAACUACUUAUUACAGAUGACUUAGGUUAUGUCUGCGAGCGCAAGGAGCUGCUAGCAAAUGGAUGUUGCAACAUCAAUGUGGCCAGCACCAGACAGUAUAACUGUGAAAGCUGCUUACGCAAUGGGUGCUGCAGUGUAUAUGAGUACUGUGUAUCUUGCUGCCUUCAGCCUAACAAGCAACAUAUCUUGGAGCGUUUUCUAAACCGAGCUGCAAGGGGGUUCCAGAAUUUAUUCCUAGCAGUAGAAGACCACUUUGAGUUGUGUUUAGCCAAAUGUCGAACAUCAUCGCAGAGUGUCCAACAUGAGAACACUUACAGGAAUCCGGUUGCAAAGUACUGUUAUGGAGAAAAUCCCCCAGAACUUCUCCCUCUCUGAAAGAAGAAUGAGGAUUAACAGUUUUUCUUUCUUAUUCCACCUGCAUGUGAUAAACAACGUCUCCGCAUUUAAGGACUGGGUAAACCAGAAUACCACAGGUAGUUCUGCAGAAGGAGACAUUGAAUGUACACUAUUAGAAAACUUGGAAGAUUUUAAAUGUGGCAUUUGUGAUUGGACUUAAUGAGUCUUAUUAUUAUUAUUGAGUUUUAGCCAGUAUACAGUAUAAUCUUGAUGUAUACAUAAUGUUUACAUAUCACUUAGUAUGCACUGAGUGCAGUAUACAAGAGAACAAGCGGUGAGUUUGUAAUGGGCAAGUAAUGAAGGACUGAAGUUUUAAAACAAACUUUUUAAUUUUAUUUGUAUUUUCUUAAGCUAGAAUUACUUGCAUCUUGUUUUUCAGACAUUGUGUUAAUUUAUUAAAUGUAUCUUAUUUUUUUUCUCAAAGCAGUGUUGUUUAAGCAUAAUAUCAGAAAAGAUAUAAUAAAAGUGAAUCU